UCGCAAGAACUCCACUUGGUGGUUUUAAUGGUUCAUUGGCCUCUCUAAGCGCUACAAAAUUAGGUUCAAUUGCUAUUGAAGAAUAUGUUAAUUUUGUAGCCGCUUUAAAAAAAGCAAACAUUGACCCUAAUAGCGUAGAGGAAGUCUUUUUUGGAAAUGUCCUUUCUGCCAAUCUCGGUCAAAAUCCUGCUCGUCAAGCUGCAUUAGGAGCUGGUAUUCCGGACACAGUCAUUGCUACAACUGUUAAUAAGGUUUGUGCAUCGGCGAUGAAGGCCGUAAUUUUGGGAGCUCAGACGAUUAUAACCGGCUGUGCCGACAUUAUUGUUGCAGGUGGUUGCGAAUCUAUGACAAAUACUCCAUACUACGUUCCAAAAGCAAGGUUUGGAUAUAAAUAUGGAGAUCAAACACUGGUAGAUGGGAUUGUUAAAGAUGGUUUAACAGAUGUAUAUAAUGAUUAUCUUAUGGGUAUGGCGGCCGAAGAAUGCGCCACUGAUCAUGGUAUAAGUCGAGAGGAACAAGAUGAUUUUGCCAUUUCCUCUUAUCAACGCGCUCAAGCAGCGUUUGCAGACAAAUGUUAUGCAGAUGAAAUCGUUCCUGUAAAAGUAUCAGGUGGUAAAGGCAAGCCUGAUAAAGUGAUUACUCAAGAUGAUGAAAUUACCAAUCUCAAUGCUGAUAAGCUACGUACAGUGCGUCCAGCAUUCAAAAGUGAGAAUGGUACCGUGACUGCGCCCAAUUCUUCACCUUUGAGUGAUGGUGCUGCUGCUGUUGUUUUAAUUAGCGGUGAAAAAGCUCGUGAAUUAGGUGUUAAAGUAAUUGCUAAAAUUUCUGGAUGGGGAGAUGCGGCGCAGAAACCCGCAAAAUUCACUACGACUCCCUCACUCGCAAUUCCAAAGGCAUUAAAACAUGCCGGUAAUAUUCCGAUUAAUCAAGUUGAUUAUUUCGAAAUCAAUGAAGCAUUCUCUGUGGUAGCAUUGGCAAAUAUGAAAUUGCUUGACUUACCCAAAGAUAAGGUUAACGUAUUUGGAGGCGCUGUUGCAAUGGGACAUCCAUUAGGAUGCAGCGGGGCAAGAAUUAUUUGCACUUUAAUUAGUGUGUUAAAACAUAAAG